AGCAGGUCAAGCCGCGCGCGCGCUCUCCCCGCUAAAUGAUUAGAUGAAGCGGUAAUUACGCGACGCCUGUAGAUGAAGUGCACAGAUGCUGCUGAUGGAUGAGGGUUUGCGAUGCAGCGGUUGCACUGGUGCUGAAUCGGGAUGCUUGGUCAUGAAAUGAAACGAGGCCCGCUCGCUUGUGAGAACACUAACUUGUUUCCUGCGCUAUAACGAGAGAGAGGGAGGAGGGGGCGCGAGCGCUCGCUCGCCGCUGUUGCUCGGGGCUCGCGGAAGAACCGAUCACAUGGACUCCAAGGGUCCAUUUUUCAACGGCGCUUCGAUCUGAGCGCGCGCUGACAGCCCCGGUGACCGGCGCAUCCAUCAGAGCCGCGCGAGGGAAAGAGGCAUCACUUCGCCGGUUCCAUCGAUCUGCCGGAACUGGGCAGGCACCGGAGUCGGUCCGUGUGUGCGUGUGCGUGCGCGCACGAGUGAAGAGGGCGAAAGCGGCCCUAGGGUAUUUCUGCCACCGAGGAGCAGCCAGCUGCACGCUUAACGGAGAGGAAACGGACCUGGCUGGAAUAUUUGCCGUUGCCGAAAAUCAUUUAAGAGGAAAGCUUUCCUCAUUUGCUUAAAUCACAGGCGGCGAGUGGAACCAAAGACAGCCCAGUGCUGGAUUCCCGAAGGACAGCUAGAGAGCACAGACCCUUGAGGUGAAGGAGGGUGCAUGGAUCGCUCAAGGACAAAGACUUCUGCCUACCUCUGGUUAGGCGUAGUCUCCGUGGCAACAGCCUUUCUCUGUGCAGAGGCACGAGCCACACCAAGCCCACCUCUCACAAACAACACCACAUGUGUCGGGGAAACGGAUCGAUGCAAGCCUGGCAUCAUCUUACCCAUAUGGUACCCAGAGGAUCCUUCAAUGGGCGACAAGAUCGCCAGGGUCAUUGUGUACUUCGUGGCAAUGAUCUACAUGUUCCUGGGCGUGUCAAUUAUUGCAGAUCGCUUCAUGGCUGCUAUUGAAGUCAUCACUUCCCAGGAGAAGGAAAUCAUCAUCAAGCGGCCGAAUGGUGAGACGACGACAACGACAAUCCGCGUGUGGAACGAGACCGUGUCCAAUCUCACGCUCAUGGCACUGGGCUCCUCGGCCCCUGAGAUCCUUCUGUCUCUCAUUGAGAUUUGCGGACAUGAGUUCCACGCUGGCGAACUCGGACCAUCCACCAUUGUGGGCAGCGCUGCCUUCAACAUGUUUGUAAUCAUUGGCCUGUGCGUGUCUGUGAUCCCAGAAGGGGAGGUCCGGAAGGUGAAACACCUUCGUGUGUUUUUUGUGACGGCUGCAUGGAGCGUGUUUGCCUACAUCUGGCUCUACAUGAUCUUGGCCGUGUUCUCACCCAAUGUAGUCCAAGUUUGGGAAGGUCUUCUCACCUUGGCGUUCUUCCCUAUUUGUGUGAUCCUGGCGUGGGUAGCCGACCGUCGGCUUCUCUUCUAUAAGUUCAUGCACAAGAAAUAUCGCACGGACAAGCACAGAGGUGUCAUUAUCGAAACAGAGGGGGAUCGCACGAAAGGCAUUGAAAUGGACGGGAAGAUGAUGAAUUCUCAUUUUAUUGACGGCGGAGCUGCUAGUAACUUAAUGGGCCUGAUUGAGGGCAAGGAGGUAGACGAGUCUCGCAGAGAUAUGAUCCGCAUCCUGAAGGACCUGAAGCAGAAACACCCGGAGAAGGAGCUGGACCAGCUGGUGGAGAUGGCCAACUACUAUGCACUGUCACACCAACAGAAGAGCAGAGCGUUUUAUCGAAUCCAGGCCACAAGGAUGAUGACGGGUGCUGGAAACAUUCUCAAGAAGCAUGUUGCAGAACAGGCCAAACGCAGCGCAAGCGUUCAAGAAGUUCACGUAGAAGAGCCUGAAGAGUUUGUGUCCCGUAUUAUGUUCGAACCAGCCAUUUAUCAAUGUCUGGAGAACUGCGGCGCUGUUCUGCUCACAGCUGUGCGCAAAGGGGGCGACAUUACUAAGACAAUCUAUGUGGAUUAUAAAACGGAAGAUGGCUCUGCGAAUGCUGGUGCGGACUAUGAGUUCACUGAAGGAACAGUGGUGUUCAAACCUGGUGAGGUCGUCAAGGAGAUCACCGUAGGCAUCAUCGAUGACGACAUCUUUGAGGAGGAUGAGCAUUUCUUUGUGCGCCUCAGUAACGUUCGUGUUCUUGAGACUGAGGAUGAGGUGCUGUCGCCCAGUAGCCUGCCCUACCCCAAGGCCUUGAUAGGGUUUCCUGCCGUUGCCACGGUUACCAUCCUUGAUGAUGACCAUGCAGGCAUCUUCACGUUUGAAAGCGAUUCCAUGCACGUGAGUGAGAGUGUGGGCAUCAUGGAGGUGAAAGUGCUGCGGACAUCAGGAGCAAGAGGGACAGUCAUCAUUCCUUUCCGCACAAUGGAGGGACUCGCUAAGGGCGGCGGAGAGGACUUUGAGGAUGCUUAUGGAGAGCUGGAGUUCAAAAACGACGAGACCUGUAAAACCAUACAGGUGAAGAUUAUUGAUGAUGAGGAGUAUGAAAAAAACAAAAACUUCUACCUGGAGCUAGCAGAACCACGCAUGGUGGACAUGAGUCUUCAGAAAGCUCUGUUAUUAGCUGAUGAUAUUCAAGACAGGAAGUUAUCAUCAGAGGAAGAAGAAGCGAGAAGAAUAGCAGAGAUGGGAAAGCCUAUAUUGGGCGAGCAUUCAAAAAUUGAGAUCAUCAUCGAGGAGUCGUAUGAGUUUAAGAGUACAGUAGAUAAGCUGAUUAAAAAGACUAACUUGGCUCUGGUCGUGGGCACAAAUUCUUGGAGAGAACAAUUCAUGGAGGCCAUAACUGUCAGCGCAGGAGAUGAGGACGAGGACGAGGGUGCAGAGGAGCGUCUGCCGUCUUGUUUCGACUAUGUCAUGCACUUCCUGACGGUGUUCUGGAAGGUUCUGUUCGCCUGUGUUCCGCCCACAGAAUACUGGAACGGAUGGGCCUGCUUCAUCAUCUCCAUCAUCAUCAUUGGUCUUCUGACUGCUGUGAUCGGUGACCUGGCCAGUCACUUCGGCUGCACUAUCGGCCUCAAGGACUCUGUCACUGCUGUGGUGUUUGUAGCUCUGGGAACAUCCAUCCCUGACACCUUUGCUAGUAAAGUGGCGGCGGUGCAGGACAGUUACGCAGACGCGUCCAUAGGUAACGUGACCGGAAGCAACGCCGUGAACGUUUUCCUGGGAAUCGGCGUGGCCUGGUCAGUGGCUGCCAUCUACUGGCACAUGCAGGGUCGUGCGUUCGAGGUGCCAGCAGGUUCCCUGGCAUUUUCUGUCACUCUCUUCACCAUCUUUGCCUUCCUGGCAGUGGGUGUCCUGCUGUACCGGCGCAGGCCUCAUAUCGGCGGAGAGCUGGGCGGCCCCCGGGGACACCGCAUCCUCACCACACUCUUCUUCUUCAGUCUCUGGUUUCUCUACAUUCUCUUCUCCAGUCUGGAGGCUUACUGUCAUAUACAGGGCUUCUGAAGGGGCGGGAUGGGGAGGGAGACCAGGACUGCAUCAGAAAGAUUUCGUGAUCAGAUCUGUGAACAGGACAUUCGUUCUUCAGGUACAUUCAUGCUGAAGAUGAAGAGCGAGUGGGACAGUCUUAACCUGGAGUCUGAGCUUUUCACAGUCUAUAUUUUUCUCAACACCUGCUGAGAACGACUUUUUUCUAAAUGAAGUAUUUUGGGAAAAAAAGACACAAAAAAAUAACAAAAAAGGAUUCAAAUGACUAUUUUCAAAUCUGCUUCCAGGAUUAGAAAUAAUAUUUCAACAGAAAAAUGAAUAUAUAUAUAUAUAUAACUACAUGAAAUCUGUUAUUGAGUGACAUUCGAAGGACCCAUAAAGUCAUUAUUUAUUUAUUUAAUUAUUUUCCUCAUUUAGUUUGGUAAAAACUCACAGAGCUUACAGCUUUUGCCAUCCCCGGCUAUGGAAACACUAAUAGAGAUGGAUAUGAACUUUGGCUGAACACUGCAUUUUCCCCCUGAUAUUCCCGUACGGAUAUAACCUGCUUCCAUAUUUUUGUUUUCUGUGUAUUUCCUUGCCAAGUGUUGUUUUAGCGAGCAUCACAGAGGUGUUGGAGAAGAGCAGACCGCAAAAAAAAAUACAGAGGGGAAAAAAGAGGCCUUUUUCCAUUCUAACACGUUCAUCACAAGUGUGUUUUCCGAAAAGAAGUACGCACUGCAUCGUUGUUGUUUUUUAUCCGUUUGUAUUUUAGUCUCUCAGUGUUCUUGAACAAACAUAAAGCACCCCAUGGAGAUCCCCCACUCCCCAUUAAACCCCCAGAGAGUCCCUCUAUAUAGAAACACAUGAAUAUUUUUACCAGGAGCUCCUUAUGUGUGCAUCUAAACAGUGUCUGAAGUGUUGAUGGUGAAUUGGGAGUCCGUUUCAUUGGGGCCUUUACUGUGGUUUGUAAUGUUUACAAGCAGAAUAGAGUGAGAAUGGAGCGCUAGACGAGGAGAGCGGCGUUACGUUGAAGUCCGUAGUGUUUUUGUGCCUAUUUUUGUUGUAGUGAGCUGAAAACAUGAGGUUGUGGGUGGGGCUUCUGUAUUAUCUGAGGGGAGUGAGGUGAUUAAAAGCUGUUUAAACUGGCCAAUAGGACCCCAGAACCAAAGAACAGAGCCUUGGAUUGCCACCCUGAAGGUGCAGUGUUUCUCUGGGCCACAGGGAGGCCACAGUCCCGCUCCUCCUCUAGAUCUUCAUAUACGUUUUUCUGUUUAUUUAUUUAUUUUCAGUAGUCUCAUUGAAAAUACAGGCCAAACAGUUUAAAUCCUGAACCGCAGUAUUUGGAUCACAGCACCUGCAGCUAAUAAGUUCUACUUUUAUUAUGUUUACAUUCAAAUGCAGUUGUUUAUGUGUGCGCGUGGAAGAGAGAGAG